AACAUCGCAAACUCAAGGUCGACGAGCUAUUGCGAAUCGAAUCAGUCAAGAUGCCGAGCCAAAAGUCAUUCCGCACCAAGCAAAAGCUUGCCAAAGCGCAGAAGCAGAACCGUCCCAUCCCUCAGUGGAUUCGGUUGAGAACCGGCAAUACCAUUAGAUACAACGCCAAGAGAAGACACUGGCGCAAGACCCGUCUCGGUAUCUAAACGAUCAAUCUCCCUCAAAAAGCGCCCGAAGGAACAUCUCGAACAGCGUCAAAUCGAUACAGCCACACGCUCGUCCUUGUCGGAAAGUCACCUCUUCCCUUGUCUAUCGCCCCAGUUGUUCGUUUCCAGAGCCAUGUUCCUCGCCCUUUUCCCCCUCUUCUCUCUGUCUGUAGCGACUGUAUUCUGAGAGCGUGCCAAUGAGUUUAGUCGAUGAGAACCAGAUAUGAAGACGGGACUUGAAUGGUGGGACGGUCCAGGACAGUUUGACUUGAUUGUUUGGGACAAAUGUUGGCAAGGACUGCGUUCUGUGUAGGAAACAGAAUUCAAUAAUUCAUGAACAUCUUCUCAUGCCUUGAUGAAAUAGGAUUAUUCUGCUUUGAAAUUAUAUGGCACAUUUCAUCAGUUGGUUCCCAAUGCAUGGUUCCCAGUGCAUCUCUUCACCAUUUUCCAAUCGAAAGUAAGGGAUUAUUAUCUACAUUUGGGUGCACAGGUGCAACCUGUCAUCAAUGAAGGUUAUUGUGGCUGUAUGAUAUAUCUUGCUCAGAGUUAUUCAACAUCCUACAGGAUCUUGCAAGAUUGCGUUUCAUUCUUACAAGAAUCAACUCCUUCCAU